CGAUCACACGGUGUAAAAUUCUGCACAUUUUUCUUUUUUAAGAGAUCACGACAGCGAUACAAGCGAAUCCAUCAGAACGCCUCCACAGAAGUUUUCAGAGAACACGAAACUGCGGUUCUCGUAGAUAAUCACCUUACCAAAUUUGACAUGCACGUAAUGCUCCCAGAUGUAUGCACCUCAGGAGGAGGACUGAUGAGGUCUGCGUCCUGAAGACGGCAGUGCACAUUUUACGCACGGUGUACACACCAGCGGCCAGAUGAGGGAGACAUACGGCUUCGGGACAUGUCGAAGUAUCCCGAGUAAUUUUUUUUAUAACAUUUCAUUACCUCUCUCUUUAACUGGAAAUACUACAGUGGCAAGCGCACAGCCGCCUUCGUCUAGCGAGCGCGUUAAAAGGUUAAAAGGUUGUUGUUUUUCAAGAGAGGAAGCGGAGGUUCAAGGGGAAAUCUGGGUCCGACUGUGCGCACUGGGCGUCAGUGAUAAAGCGUGUGAAGCGUACAGUCCGUCAGUCAGCAGUCAGUCAUCCACUUCAACAUCACUCUCCGCUGAACUCCAGCUGUCACCUCGUGUCCUCCGCGCCCGCGCGAGCUGACAUCGGACAGAGUGGCACAGCUACUUUCAAAGCCACCCUCACCCUCUGCCCCCCUCCUCCGCCUUCUUCCUCCUCUUUCCAAAUGCUCUCCUUUGAAGCGAUGAUGCCCCAUCUGUCAUAUGUGAGCAAAAGAGACCAUGCUCUGCUCUUCUCAAUUACUGAAUUCUCCUCAUGCCAGCUCCGGUGGGACAGGAGGAGGAGCAGAUCUGAGCUGUGACAAAGAGACAUUUGAUCUGAACAGCGUGAAUCAACAUCCUGUUUCGACUGAAUAAGUGCAAACUGUAAGCAUACAGUUAACUGAUAACCUUCGGACUGUUUCACAUAGACACCCCUGACGACCAUACUAUAACAUCAGCCAGUCUCUGAAAGGACAGCUUCAUUACCCUGUCCACCCAUCCAAUUAGGAGCCAGAUGGCGCUUUUGGCCAAUCAAAUAAUGGAUGCAAGGAUACUCAGCAGUAUGAAUGGGAGAGCAGAGCUUUCCCAGUUCUUGAGAGUCACCAAUCAAAGCAUCGUUUCCCAGGUAAAUUCCACCCAGGAUGACAGCCGCAAGAACAGGAAGUAUCCCUGCCCAUUGUGUGGAAAGCGUUUUCGCUUCAACAGCAUCCUUUCUCUUCACAUGCGCACACACACUGGUGAGAAGCCUUUCAAGUGCCCAUACUGUGACCACAGGGCCGCACAGAAAGGCAACCUGAAGAUACACCUCCGUACUCACAAGCAAGGCAUUCUGGGCAAAGGCCGUGGGCGAAUUAGGGAGGAGAAUAGGUUGCUUCAUGAGCUUGAGGAAAGGGCAAUACUAAGGGACAGACAGACGCGAGCUGGUCAUGUUACACAACAGCAAACAUCUAAUAUAAACCAUCUUCGAAAGCCUCAACUGUCACAGACUGUCCCGACACACCCCCUAUUCUUAACUAACUCUGGCGCUGCAGAGGGCCAGCCACAUACAUCCACAUCUCCUAAGGUGACUCCUAUCCCUGACGAUCCCAUCCAGCUCCAACCUACCGGCUUCCGCUGCUCAUUCUGUAAGGGAAAGUUCAGGAAGCAGCAGGAGCUUGAGCGUCACAUCAGGAUCCUACAUAAACCCUACAAAUGCACCUUGUGCGAGUUUGCUGCCUCACAAGAGGAGGAGCUCAUUAGCCAUGUUGAAACAACACAUAUAACUGCUGAUUCGGGCUCAGGGCAGAAACCUGCAAUGGGGGUCGGUGACAAAAGAAAGCCUGCUGGUGAAUUCCCCUGUGAGGUGUGUGGCCAGACUUUCAGCCAGGCCUGGUUCCUGAAGGGUCACAUGAGGAAACACAAGGACUCUUUUGAGCACUGCUGUCAAAUCUGUGGCCGCCGAUUCAAAGAACCAUGGUUUCUCAAGAACCACAUGAAGGUCCACCUCAAUAAGCUGGCUGCUAAGCGUAAUCUCCCGGGUGAUCAUGACACCUCUGAUAACAUGAGUAGCUUAGCACAAGACCAUCAGAGCAACUUCUACUCGCAGUACAUCUCCCACAUUCACAACAGCUUCCUCACAGCCGAGAGAGCUGACCAUCAAGAUUAUAACCAGAUACUUGCCACAGCAGGCAUUGACAUGAAGGUUCGGGAGAUGUUAGGGAGGAUGAUUUCCUCGGGUCCAGGCCCUUUGACAGAUGCAGAAAGCUCUUCUUUGUUGGGUUUAAAUCAUCUCCACCCUCCGCUGACCUCCACUGGCAUGGAAUAUCUGCAGAAAGUCAUCUCAAGCAGAGAUAGACUCAACAGCAGCAACAGCAGAAGUGGCUACCCAGGCUGGCAGAUCAUGAACCCAGGACUGCCUGCUGAACAGCAAAUGCUCAAUCCUAAAGACCAGCAGCAGUGCUCCUCCUACCUGCCUGAGAGAUGCCUCCCUCUGGAUGAUGGAAAAGUGCGUCUCGGUGAUGCAGACAUCAAGGCCAUCAGCAGACCAGGUAGCCCAGGCAGCAUGAGUCAUAAAGGCCCAACAGAGAUCAUCACAGAGAUGGGGAGCUCCCACUCUGGCAGUGGCCUUGACCCCCGACCUCAGUCUUCUUCUCCAGCUACAGGUGAGAAAGUCUACAGGUGUCCACUCUCCAGUGACUACAGUGCUGCACAGACGACCUCCCUCGGCUUCCAUCUGGAUCGCUACCACUUCCCCCAGUGGCAAAACAACAGGGAUCUUUCUUCUCCACUGCAGCCCACUAGCAGCAGCUCCAGCUCCAGCCCCAACCCCAAGCUCAGACCUCGAUCCAGGGAAGACUGGAGCCCAGCUGCAGGUCACUACCUUGGUCUGGAGAGCCACAGUGAAAACGCCCUGCUCAUCAACAAGCUGUCCGACCUUACUGACAGAGAUUCAGGUGUAGACAACUCUUUAUCUGCUCAGACCAGGAAGUCCCAGUAUGAGCCUUUAGAUUUGUCUGUCAGGCCAGAGUCUGUCAUGUCUCAUUCAGCCUUGUCUCCUGCUGUACUGGUACAGAUGUCUGGUGUUUUCAGUAAUGGACUCUCCUCCUCCAUUACCCGCCGGCUACAAGGUUACUCUAAUGCUGCAGCUGAAGUCAGUGUGAAACCCGCAUAUCAGUGUGACCUUUUGGUGCAGGGAACAAAAGAAGAGAUGAACCCACAGAAUGCAGGUUCCACAGGGCAUGAUGGUGAGACUGAAUUUGAGAAAUCCGAGCAAGGGGGAGAGGAUGAAAAUGACGAUGCUGCCAAGUGGAAGUUGCUGAAAAAUAAUGUCCUGAAGCCAGAGGAGCUGGUACAGGCCAAUGAUGAUUUCCAGGGUCCUGGUGAGAAGAAGCAUGACAAGCUGGGACCUUGGAGCAGAGCUGUGGCUGAAUCUCCCAUCUCCUCUCUGGAGAACUUGACUCCAGGACAGGCCGAUCAACUCCAUCACCAAGGUGGCCUACUCUCCUUCCUCAGAUCCCAGGGGAACCUGAGCAGCACACCUGCCAGCGCACACAAAGCCAGUCUGAAUGGUGGUGAGGACAUGGAGAAAGAUGUUGCAUCAGCUCGGAAGCCAUUCCAGUGUAGGUACUGCCCCUACAGCGCCUCCCAGAAGGGCAACCUGAAGACUCAUGUCCUCUGUGUCCACCGCAAACCCUUUGACAACAGUCUCUACCCCGACCGCCGCCUCCGACGCUCACACGCGUCCCAGAGGCCCUCCAGAUUGCCUCAGAGCAUCACGGGAGAUAAUCAUGCGUCAGGAAGAGACCAGAACGGCAUGACAUCACUCUGUGGGACUUGAUGUUGUCAUGGCAACAGCAGAUACAGACAGUUAUUAUUGUUUUAGCUUCACCUCAAAGGGGUUAGGAUGACUGAGAUUGUUAAAAAAAAAAAAAAAAUUAACAGCCAACCUUGAUGUACAUUCCAGUGUUUACUUGAAGAGCCACAGUACGUAUUUAUCUGUAGCAACGACGCUGCCUAUAAUAAUAAAGUCCAUUGUGAUGUGAAAGUG